UCCCGUAUACUUUGCACUCUCUGGUCAUAUAAAUUCAAAAAUAACGCCCGACGGACAAAUGGCAACUGAAAACAGCCAAAUAUUUACUUAAAAAUAUUAGACUGUUACAGGAAAUACAGACGUGUCGAGAGUAUAAAAGAAGCAAAGUAAAUAACGGUGUCUGCUCCCGCCGUUGGGCAGCCAACAUGCCGGACUGGCUCGCUGUGUGUGUGGUCUUUAGCUUGUUGUUAAGUUUUCUAACAGCAGCUGCUUACAUGUUGAAGUCGGGACUCCUCUCGGACAUUAUCGUGCUAACUGGCUCCCCUCCCAUAAAGAAGACUACAUUCGCCUACAAAUUCAAUGUAGGACCGUACAAAAACAGCUGGCAACUUUUUAAGGAGUCUCACAAUAUUGGACCAAAGCUUCCGUGUAUCGGUGUAUUUUAUGAUGACCCUAAAAAGGUGCCAGGACCACAAUGCCGCUACGCUGUGGGCAGCAUUCUGUGCGAGGGAGAAAACGAGGCCGAUGAGGAGCUUCUAAAGCGCUAUGAGACAUCAGGCUUUAAUGUCUUCUCCUUUCCAGAAGUCACACACGCGGUCACUACCUCGUUCCCCCACAGGACGUUCUUCUCCAUCCUUCUGGCAGUCAGAAGAGUUUACCCACGGCUAGGGCACUACAUUAAGGAAAGGAGGCUGUGUGCACACCCGUUUCUUGAGAUCUACAGAGAGGGUCAGAUCCAGUUCAUGGCCCCCUUGGCUCGGCAGGGAGAUUUCUAUGUGCCUGAAGUCCGGCGGGUAGAAAGGAGGCUGUCAGAACAAGAGGAAUUGCAUGGUGACACAGACGUCUCAGGUGCAGACUCAAACAGUGAAUACAGCUCAGGGAGUGGGGUUCUCCUGUCAGACAGCAGAGAGACGUCCCUGGCGGAGUCCUCGGUCCACUCUGCGCCUGUCCAGGAUCAAGGGGAUAAGGACUACAGAGGGAGAGGCCCGGGGGAAAGCUCGUUGCAAGAGCCGGACUCGGAGCAGCCGGGUGGACAACAGCCAACGAGAGAGGAGUGGCUUCAAGGAGACUCCAACCACAAGAGCCUGGAGACUCCCACGCAGGAGUGGUGGGGUGUCGUUGGAGGAGAGGAGUAAACGUUCAGUGAGACAUGUUAGCUGAGUAUGAGGGAAAAAAAGGACUGAAAUUCAAGAGAUUGCAGAUUACAGAAGUGUGUCUCACUACGUGUUCAUGUCUAAAUGGGAAAAUAUUAAAGGAUAAGGCAGGUGAUAUUCUAUAUUUUUGUUAUUGGGAACAAAUCCAAUGAAAAGAGCAAAACAAACUAUUUCUCCACACUUUCAGACUUCCCUUUCCCUUGCCCUUUCUUUCCUACAGAAGAUCUUAAUGUAUAUUAAUGAAUAUAUAGUGUAAUUGUAAAAAUAAAUAAAUAAAUAAAAAAGGUUAAAUAAUUUUCUAAAACAGCUGGGCACUGUAGUUUUCAGAGAACAUCACCCUAACAGGAGUAAAUAGUACUUUGUUUGAGGACUACUUUCAGCUGCGGAUGAAUCCACAUUAGGUGCUGUAGUGAGGCAGCAGGACGGCGUAUGCAGGAUCAACUCUGAAUAAACUGCAGUGCCCAUGUUCAUCUUCAGGAACAUGUCACCCAGUGUGUCUCACUGACGAGUUUUUAGUAGUUAUUGGACAAGAAGGGAGGCAAAUCAGGCAAUACUUGUCAUUUUAUUGGAUUUGUUGAUAUAAGGAAAAUCUAGAAUAUAAUCAGACUUUAAAGUGAAGGUAGUCAAAUCUGCAGGAUUUUGCAGAUCCACUUGACCUGUGCAGAACUCAUUCAGGUAGCCUGAGUUUCUUGAAACAUUUUUGCAGAAGUGAUGUUUGUCAAAAUGACUAAGAUGUGACUGGGAAGAGACUUGAACAUCUAUCAAUAUUCUGUAUCUCCAGUUCAGAUCCUGCAGCUGUUUUCAGAAUGAUUGAGUUAUUUGACACUUGUCUGUUUGUUAGAGGACUGAUACACAAACAUGCAGGAAAGUCUGUUCAUUUCAGAUAAUCAUUGACUUUUUUAUAAAGGACCUAAUUUCAUUCAUUAAUAACUGACAUAGGGUACGAGCACAUAGACCUAACAAAGUGAACUGUAUUGUUUUUUAAAAUGUCUUGUGUUUGACUGAACAUUUGCACUGUUAGGUGAUAUGCAUGUUUUAUAGUAAAAUUUACUUAAUUUCCAAAGAGAACGGCGUGAAUGAGUGCAUCAUUACCUCCUUCCUGCACUCCUCCCGACCGCCGCAGAGAUUGAGGACAUGAUUAUGGCGAGCGUGCAGCCCCCCUGCCAUGAUCAGUCAAGGAGAAAGAUGACAAGACAAGUGGGCUGACCAUUUAUAUUCAUUUCGCUAUUUCUCAAAGCACAGCUCAGUGACUCCACCUUGUAUUUACAGUCACUCUACAUCUCGCCUCCAGCAUCUUAUCCUCACACAUUCACUCGCAGCUCCUUCAAUUUCUGUUUAGCCAUCAUAUUCUGUGAUUUUACUUUCUCAACCCUUCUACCAUCUGCUGUCUCUUUGCACAGGCUAAUUUCUGUUUGUUUUUUCCCCUCCUUUUGUUAUUUUCUCUCCUCUCCCUCUGAAAUAAAUAUGGCAGCUGCAGCCUCAAAGAC